GCUUUAAGUCCUAAUGCUAUAUGCUAUAUCUGGCGUAAAUAACCUGCUCCACAUAUGGACUGAUUAGGGUCAUUAGCUGAGCGGCUGAAUUUGAAUGGCCCAGGUCGGCGCGCUUUGGGGCGCCUCAUUAUGCAGGCGCAUUAAAAGAAAGCAGUGGGGGUCAAAUGAGUAGUUGAGGAACAGGGACAAAAAGAGGGGCAGGGACGUGAGGAGGGUCGGGAUUCAAAUUCUAAGUGAUGAGCUGUGCCCAUUGUCAGUGGGGUAUAUAGCGCGCAGAGAGAAGUGGCUGCUUAAAAACCACAGAGCAUUGGGGUCUCACCAUGGCUGCUCCGAACUAUAUGUGGAUCGCUUCACUUGUUUUCUUACUCACAAGCGACGCUGGAGUUUUAGGACGCGCGGUGGACUCGUUUGGGGUUCGGUCGCAGUCUCCGCAAAGCGCAGAAGGAUCAUCCAGGCAGGCUUUACGCGCGGACGGAGUGAGGCGGUGGAGGCGCGGCGCGGCCGCCGGUGCGCACCGGGAGCGCUGCGCGGAGCUGGUAGCCCCCUGGCAGGAGAACAAGCUGCAGGCUCCGGAGCAUGGCACCGCGGUGCUGCAGCUCCGUGUGCGGCCCUAUUCUCCCGGAGCAACGCGGGGUCUGGUUUUCCCCGGGAAGUCUCUCUUCAGCUUCAUACGACGGGUUUACCUCUGCUGUCAGGAGAGACUGGGCUGCAGGAGCGUUAAAGGGAUUCAAGGUAGACUGAGAGGAGAUGCAGGGGUGGAAUUUGUCCUCACCAGGGAGGUCUUAUCAAUGACCGUCUGGAGAGCCGAGCUUCACCUUCAGCUCUCCAACCCACAGCAUCUGGACAUCAACCCCAUCAUUCCCUUCAUGGUGAAGCACAAUUUUCCUACGAGGUACAGCCUGGUUUCACGGGGAGAUGCCGUAGAACUAAAAGUGGACCUCCUGCUCCUUUUCCAGCACCUGCAGGAGGCGGCGGGCGAUGCAGGCAGAGGCCGCAGCUUAGCAGUCAUGCAGCUGGGGAGGCUGUUCUCCAACGGGGACCCACCAGGUGGAAACCCCUCUUUAGGGAUUCUGCAGGACGCUGAUGGAGAGGCAUGGAACGACGGGCUCCUAGCUCUGGACGUGGGCCUGGUGCUGGGCUGCAGUCAGGCUGGAUCGGGAGUCCCCUGUGGAAGCGGCGGUGUUCACCUCUCACUCGCCCCCUUCAUGGCUUUAUAUUACAGAUGAUGGGAGGAGGGAAAUAUUUAGUCAGAAAAGUGAAAACUUUUAAAGGUAUUAUGCACUUCGAUGUCACGUUUAAUUUAUGGACGACUUCC